CCACUUCUCAUAUUGUAAACGCGUUUGCAAGCUAAGGUUUUUUGAUUAAACAAAACCUUAUCUCAUUAAAUUCUGACAACGAAUCAAAUAUUCAAUCUUCGUGCUGAUGUUGAAGAUAAUAUCACGUCUCUCUCACUGCAGAUUCGAUCUCAGGGAAAUAUAAUACUUUUACAGAGUUACGUGGUCAAAGUGUUCGACGAAAUGCCUCACAGAAAGCCAAUAAGUUGCGUUCAAGUAUGAAUACUCUUGCAGAUAGUGGGAUCAUUGUCAAUAAGCUGAUUUUCGAAAAGAUUUCGUCUUGAUAACAUUUUGUCAACGCUUACCAGAUUUGUAUUAGUUUAUUCGAUCUUUUUCUCCCGGAUUCUAUGGAUAUGAUCACGUGAAGCAUGGGAGAUGAUAAUGUAUGCGUAAUGUUUGUUAAAGUUAUUAUAAUUACAAACAUUCUUCCUUCAAUAGUUCUUCAUUCAUUUGACGUUUGCUUCUUCUUGUUCUUGUUAAGUUUGUUUUUUGUUGUUGAGUUCCGUUGGCAUUUUAACUGAAAAUGAUCCAAACAGGUGAAGAAGAUGAAGAAAAGGCAACGUCCCUUGAAGUUGAGUUUGCUUCUGGAAAUGGUGUUGAUGAUGAGGAAGAGCUUCGGUUGCAGUGGGCAACAGUUGAGAGAUUACCAACUUUUAAAAGGGUUACUACUGCUUUGUUGGCAAGAGAUGAAGUGUCAGGGAAAGGGCGAGUCAUUGAUGUUACUAGACUUGAGGGUGCUGAGAGACGCUUGUUGAUUGAAAUGCUCGUUAAACAAAUCGAGGAUGAUAAUCUCCGUUUACUCAGAAAAAUAAGGAAGAGAAUUGACAAAGUUGGUAUAGAGUUGCCAACGGUGGAAGUGAGGUUCAAUAACCUUUCUGUUGAGGCGGAAUGCCAAGUAAUUCAUGGAAAGCCUAUCCCAACUCUUUGGAAUACUAUCAAGGGCUUACUAUCUGAGUUCAUUUGUUCUAAGAAAGAAACCAAGAUAGGCAUCUUGAAAGGAGUGAGUGGAAUCGUAAGGCCUGGAAGAAUGACGUUGUUGCUCGGUCCUCCUGGUUGCGGUAAAACUACUCUGUUACAAGCACUUUCUGGAAAAUUUUCCGAUUCUGUAAAGGUUGGAGGAGAAGUAUGUUACAAUGGUUGCUCACUCUCAGAGUUUAUUCCGGAGAAAACGUCGAGUUAUAUAAGUCAAAACGAUCUGCAUAUUCCUGAGCUGAGUGUAAGAGAGACACUUGACUUCUCUGCGUGUUGUCAGGGCAUCGGAAGCCGUAUGGAAAUUAUGAAAGAGAUCAGUAGAAUGGAAAAACUCCAAGAAAUCAUUCCAGAUCCUGCUGUAGAUGCUUACAUGAAGGCAACAUCUGUUGAAGGUUUGAAAAACAAUUUGCAAACUGACUAUAUCCUAAAGAUCCUGGGACUCGAUAUCUGUGCAGAUACAAGAGUUGGAGAUGCCACGAGACCUGGAAUAUCUGGUGGCGAGAAGAGGAGGUUGACAACAGGGGAACUCGUUGUGGGUCCAGCUACCACCCUCUUUAUGGAUGAAAUAUCCAAUGGUUUAGACAGCUCAACUACGUUCCAAAUAGUGUCAUGUCUCCAACAGUUGGCACAUAUAGCUGAAGCCACCAUACUGAUUUCACUUCUUCAGCCUGCACCAGAAACGUUUGAGCUUUUUGACGAUGUGAUUCUUAUGGGGGAAGGAAAGAUAAUUUACCAUGCUCCACGCGCUGAUAUCUGCAGAUUCUUUGAAGAGUUUGGAUUUAAGUGUCCAGAGAGAAAAGGCGUUGCUGACUUUCUCCAAGAGAUUAUGUCGAAAAAGGACCAAGAACAAUAUUGGUGCCACAGAGACAAGCCCUACAGUUAUAUAUCUGUUGAUUCCUUCAUUAAUAAGUUUAAAGAAUCAAAUCUUGGGUUGCUGCUAAAGGAAGAACUGUCAAAGCCGUUUAAUAAGUCCCAGACUCGCAAGGAUGGUUUAUGUUAUAAAAAAUAUUCACUGGGUAAGUGGGAGAUGCUUAAAGCUUGCUCAAGGAGAGAAUUUCUUUUAAUGAAACGGAAUUCUUUCAUUUACUUGUUCAAAUCUGCACUGUUAGUUUUUAAUGCGUUAGUCACAAUGACCGUUUUUCUACAAGUUGGUGCGACGACGGAUUCUCUUCAUGGGAAUUAUCUGAUGGGUUCUCUAUUCACUGCUCUCUUUAGACUUCUUGCCGAUGGGCUUCCAGAACUCACUCUUACUAUCUCCAGACUUGGUGUGUUCUGCAAACAGAAAGAUUUGUACUUCUAUCCUGCUUGGGCAUAUGCGAUUCCUUCAAUUAUCUUAAAGAUACCUCUAUCGGUUCUCGAUUCAUUCAUCUGGACAUUACUGACAUAUUAUGUCAUUGGUUACAGCCCCGAGGUCAAAAGGUUCUUCCUGCAGUUCCUUAUCUUAUCUACAUUCAACCUUUCUUGUGUAUCAAUGUUUCGCGCUAUUGCGGCAAUCUUUCGCACAAUUAUUGCUUCCACAAUCACUGGAGCUAUUUCCAUAUUGGUUCUCUCAUUAUUUGGUGGCUUCGUUAUUCCAAAAUCAUCAAUGCCUGCUUGGCUGGGAUGGGGAUUCUGGCUUUCUCCCUUGUCAUAUGCCGAGAUUGGUCUAACCGCAAAUGAAUUUUUCUCUCCACGAUGGAGCAAGGUAAUCUCUAGCAAGACUACGGCUGGGGAACAAAUGUUAGAUAUUCGUGGGUUGAAUUUCGGUAGGCACUCUUACUGGACAGCUUUUGGUGCUUUAGUCGGCUUUGUCUUGUUUUUCAAUGCCCUCUACGUGUUGGCCCUAACGUAUCAGAAUAAUCCCCAAAGAUCCCGUGCUAUCAUCUCACAUGAAAAGUACUCUCGGCCCAUAGAAGAAGAUUUUAAACCCUGCCCUAAAAUCACUUCUCGAGCUAAAACAGGAAAAAUUAUCUUGCCUUUUAAGCCACUCACUGUCACAUUUCAAAACGUGCAGUAUUAUAUUGAAACUCCUCAGGGAAAGACGCGACAACUUCUCUCUGAUAUAACAGGCGCGUUGAAGCCCGGAGUUCUCACAUCUCUGAUGGGUGUCAGUGGAGCAGGGAAAACGACUCUUCUUGAUGUCCUUUCGGGAAGAAAAACUCGCGGUAUCAUCAAAGGAGAGAUCAAAGUAGGCGGGUAUCCUAAGGUUCAAGAAACAUUUGCACGAGUAUCAGGUUACUGUGAACAGUUUGAUAUUCAUUCUCCUAAUAUAACUGUGGAAGAGUCUUUGAAAUAUUCUGCAUGGCUUCGACUCCCCUAUAACAUAGAUUCAAAGACAAAGAACGAACUCGUCAAAGAAGUCCUCGAGACAGUUGAGCUUGAUGACAUCAAAGAUUCCGUGGUGGGACUUCCGGGAAUAAGUGGUUUAUCUAUAGAACAACGCAAAAGGCUGACUAUAGCCGUGGAGCUUGUUGCUAACCCUUCCAUCAUAUUUAUGGAUGAACCUACCACAGGGCUGGACGCAAGAGCCGCCGCCAUUGUUAUGAGAGCUGUCAAAAAUGUUGCUGAGACUGGGAGAACGGUUGUUUGCACGAUCCACCAGCCGAGCAUAGAUAUCUUUGAGACAUUUGAUGAGCUGAUCCUAAUGAAAAAUGGGGGACAGCUUGUCUACUAUGGUCCUCCUGGACAGAAUUCAAGUAAGGUUAUCGAAUACUUCGAGAGCUUCUCUGGACUUCCCAAGAUCCAAAAGAAUUGUAAUCCAGCCACUUGGAUCUUAGAUAUUACUAGUAAAUCUGCAGAGGAAAAACUUGGAAUAGAUUUUUCACAAUCAUACAAGGAUUCAACUCUGUAUAAGCAGAACAAAAUGGUGGUUGAGCAACUGAGUUCUGCGUCUCUGGGAUCAGAAGCUUUGAGGUUUCCUUCGCAAUUUUCACAAACAGCUUGGGUGCAACUAAAGGCUUGCCUUUGGAAACAACAUUACUCGUAUUGGAGAAACCCUUCACACAAUAUAACUCGCAUAGUCUUCAUAUUGCUCGAUUCUACGUUAUGUGGCCUUCUCUUCUGGCAAAAAGCUGAGGACAUAAAUAAUCAGCAAGAUCUUAUCAGCAUAUUUGGAUCCAUGUACACUCUAGUAGUCUUCCCGGGAAUGAACAACUGUGCGGCAGUGAUAAACUUCAUUGCAGCCGAACGCAAUGUUUUCUACCGUGAAAGGUUUGCACGGAUGUACUCCUCAUGGGCGUAUUCAUUUUCUCAGGUCCUAAUUGAGGUUCCAUACUCACUACUCCAGUCCCUACUAUGUACGAUAAUUGUAUAUCCUACGAUCGGCUACCAUAUGUCCGUUUACAAGAUGUUUUGGAGCUUGUACAGCAUCUUCUGCUCGUUACUCAUCUUCAACUACAGUGGGAUGCUUAUGGUUGCUUUGACGCCAAACAUUCACAUGGCAGUGACUCUACGCUCAUCUUUUUUCUCCAUGUUAAAUCUGUUUGCUGGCUUUGUCAUUCCAAAACAGGUAAGGCUCCCCUUAUCCCCCACGCCGUUUGACAUAUAGCCAAGAUCCAACGUAUGUGUCACUUAGUGCAUGUUAAACCUGUGGUCUUGUAGACUUAUUGCAUCAAUAACCAGUAGGCUUAGAGCUAUGUCAGGUCUAUUUAACUCGAAAUGUUGCUGCGUUGCGUGGAAUAUUAAUUGUAUAUCAUUCAUAUAAAGGCUCCUGAACACAAAAAAUGUAUCGUUUUCCGUAGAAAAUCCCAAAAUGGUGGAUAUGGAUGUACUACCUGAGCCCGACAUCAUGGGUGUUGGAAGGAUUACUGAGUUCGCAAUAUGGAGAUGUCGACAAAGAGAUAUUAGUAUUUGGAGAGAAGAAGAGAGUUUCAGCUUUCUUGGAGGAUUACUUUGGUUACAAACAUGAAUCAUUGGCUGUUGUGGCGUUUGUUCUCAUCGCUUAUCCCAUUAUCGUGGCAACUCUUUUUGCCUUCUUCAUGAGCAAACUCAGUUUCCAAAAGAAAUAGUUGCUUGCUUGUAAUAGUAGUAGUUCACUACACUUACUUCAGUUAGGCUUUUUUCUCUCCCACCAUAUCUUAAGUUAUUAUCAGAAACAUUUUACAAUUCUUAUGGUCACAAAUCUUGGCCGAUUGCAAUGGUCCUGAUAAUCCCAUAGUGACAAUCUUACACCUACACUUCGGUUUAACC